AAUUAUGACACUUCACGGCUGAUCGUCCGGGGAUUUUUACAAAUUUCUGAAAAUAUAAGUUGAUUAUAGAUUGCUUGCUAUGGACAUCGCAAAAAUCGUCAAAAACUUUAAAAUUAAAGAUGAAGUAGAAGUCAAGUACAAAUACAUUAACGUGUUUAAGAACCCAAAUAAAUUGCCAAUCAAUCAGAUUCACUUGGAGAAAAAUGUGGUGACAUUGCGUCAAAUGAUAUUAAAGAAUAUAGAUAUCACAGAGUUAAGCGACAAUGAAGCAUUCAAAAAGUUUGUUGAACAACAGAAAGAAAUCAUUCCUGCCUUGGACAAACGAUGGCUCCCAAAAUGUGUCUUAUAUCCAUUUGAACCAUAUGUUUUCACACUUCCCCCUGAGGAAAAUAAAACAUUCUUAAGUAGCAACUUGUUGUAUUCACGUAGUCUGGAUUAUCUAUUAAAAUGUAACUAUCACCAAUUUUGGUGCACUAUUCUCUAUGAGCCCACAGCAGCAAUAUGUCUAAGAAGUUUUAUUCUUAACCCCAUUUCCAAUUUUCAAUGUUCCUAUUUGGAGGGAGAUGAUUUGUUGCUUUUUAGAGAGAUUUUAGACAAGUAUUUAUUGGUUUAUCAAAGACUGUUAAACUUUAAGGCUACUGAGACAGAAUACAUGCCUUCUGAAUAUGGUUUAAAGUUAAUAAUAGAUGUUAAGUUACUAAACCUGCCAAUUGUGAUAACUUUAGCCUUCCUAUACAAAGACAUAAACCUUACUUUUGUAAAUAAACUUACAAAUUUAUACUUUAACAAUACAUCACAGCUGGACUUUCAAAUCAAAGAAAUGGAGGAAAUAUUGAAACAAGCUGUUAUGAUCAUGGAAAUGAUAGGUGGGAAUAUUUGCGGAUUUGACAAAGAUGCUGUUGUGGUUCCUCUAUCUAUAGAAAAAAGGCCUGCGAUAUUUAGUUUGAGCUGGGUUUAUUCUGUUGUCAAUUAUUUACUAUACACUAUAUCCACAGUAAAUGUGUUGUUCGAAUUUUACAAGCCCUCUAUUGAGAUGGCGCUAAAUCUCGAUUUACCAUACAGAAUGCCAUAUACAUAUGUGAAUGUGUACAGAGAAUUAUAUGAAAUGUUGUAUGACAGGCCCGAAAUAGAGGCGGAAAAAGAACUAAGUAGACGAAUUUUCGAUGAAAUAAAUCUUGGCAGGUCGCAGUUUAUUGAUAUGUACCAUGUUUUUAUUUCAUAUUGCCUUGACAAAGCAUUGGAGAGCAUGGGUGAUAGUAAACAACAAGAAGAAUUGGUUGAAAUAUACCUAAAAUUAUUAACUACCGCUCUUGAAGAUGACUACUUUAUCUGUGAUUAUGAUUUAAAGUAUAAUGUUUCCAAUAUGAAUGAAGUUUUUGAAAGUUGUACACCUAUUGAUCCAACGAGGACCCAAUUUAUAAGUUCCUGUCUACAAAAACACAGUCGACACAAAAAACUAGAAAAAAUAACCAAACUAAGCAGAAAAACUAUAGAGGACGUCUUCAAAGAGUUUAAACCAAUAGAAAAAGAGCCUGAACUUCAGUUUACACUACCACCACCUGUUGAAGUCAAACAAACAAGUCAAGGGCCGUCUGAUAACAAAAUAGAACAACUAAUAAAGGAUAUAAUCGACAUGUUCCCACACUUGGGCGACGGUUUCGUACUAAAAUGCCUGGAGGCUUACAACUUUAAUUCCUCCGACGUCAUUAAUGCAAUUUUGGAGGAGAAUUUACCUCCUCACUUGUAUGAAAUUGCGUUUGACACUAUAAGAAUCCCUCCUGAACCUGAGCCAGAGAAGCCCAUAUUGGCUUUCAAGGGCAAAAAACCUGGAUAUGACGACGCGCUCAAGUUAUUAAACGAUAAAUCCGACAUGAAGGAGAUAAAAACAUACGUUCUUGAAGGAGUGCAAUAUUCAAUCGACAAUUCGUAUGAUGACGAGUACGACGACAGAUACGACGAAUUGGACCCCAUUAAAGUUGACGACGGCCCUCUCUCGGAAGAAAGAACAACUUUCAAUCCAAACCGAGACGACCUGGCGAGCGAUACGAGCUAUUCCAGUGAAGAAGAAUACGACGACCAAGGAAAAUCCGUGGACCCGAAAAAUAAAAACUUCUGCGAAGAUCCCGCCCUAGUUCGUGCAAGAAGGGAGCAGCGCUUCCUCAGCAAAAAUCCGCAUUUGAGCCAACCCAAGAAAAAAGACGUGGUUGGUAACGCCAAGGGCCAAGGUCAGGACAAAACGGUCCUGCAAAAUAGACAAAAGAAGAACACCAAUAAAUCUUCCAAGGCCAACCAUAGCCGCAAAAGUGGGGCGCAAUUUAAAAGAAAUAAAGGAAUGAUUCCAUCUUAAAAAUGCCUCUGUUUUCUGUUGGAGUAUUACCUACUGUUAAAAUUUUGUUUUUUGUUCUUAUUUAAAGAAUAUUUAUUUUAUUUUUAA